UAUAAGUUGUGCUGCAGGCGGAGAUCAUUGCUCAUUCAGGUCUGGAGGGGCAGACACACGGAGACUAGCGCACUGAACUGGUGCGUUUACAGCUCAGGGAUUGCUGGGAAGAAGAAGGAGGCUACCGAGGUUGGGACUUUGGAGAGGGAGGUGUAGCAACAACCACUCAAAGGAAUCACCCUGAUCAGGACCACCGGCUCUGAACAGUCUUCAGGACCAGGAGAAGACACGAGAGUCCGUACGCAACAUCUGCCCCACCCCGAACAGCAUGAUGGAAGAGGAGAUCCUUGAGGACCAGUCCAAGCUGAAGCAGGGCCUGAUCAAAGCCAUUCAGUGUGUGGCCACCAUCUCCUCGGCAGCAGCCGUGAUUAACCCCAUUUUUGGCUUGGCCGGCUCCCUGCUCCGGGUGGUGCUGCACCACAUCGACGACGAGGAGAUACGCACCCUGAAGCGCGAGUUCGGCUCAGUCAGCGGGUCGAUAGACAAGCUCUCGAAGAUGCACCAAAGCGCGCUGUUGCAGAUCAAGAAGGAAACGCUGGACGGGCAGUACUGCCGCGUGGAGGAGAACCUGAAGAACCAGUUCAGAAAGUUCAUGGAGCUGGUGGAGGCGCGGCCGCAGCACUGCGAGCGCAAGAAGGACGACUUCGAGGAGAGCUAUUCCAACGACAUGGGGGACCAGAACCUGCACACGCUCUACGACGGCGUGGUGGGCAAGCCGAAGCUCUUCAGCAGACCGAUCCUGGAGGUGUACCUGAAGCACUCGCAUGGCGACCGCAGCAAGAUGGAGCACCUCUGCACGCGCCUCACCUACCUGUUCUGCAUCGGCCUCAUCGCGCUCAUGGGAUACGCCAUCGUCAUCGGAGACGACGAGAAGGGCCUGAGAGAGGAGUGGGCCAAGAAGAUGGAGCACGUGCAGGAGAAGAUGCAGGAGGCUCUUUCCAGGUGCAAAUGAAGAAGAAGAAGAGCUUUGGUUUUUCCUCCUCUUCUGCUUUCCCUUCAUAGUCCGGACUCGCAUGUCCACGUUCUCUCUGCUCCCUCUCAGCUUGUUCUCUCCUCCUAAACAUCUACGCUCACUUGAAUGCCCGAUGAUGAUGAUGAUGAUGAUGGUGGUGGUGAUGAUGAUGAUGAUGAUGGUGGUGGUGAUGGUGAUGAUGAGCAACAUGUCUCGUGCUUUUCCAAAAACUAUUUCUCCAAACUUCAUACGUCACAUGUUCUUUCCAGGUUGAGGUCAAUUGUCCAAAUUCACAGAUGAAUCUGGAUCCAGAAUCAUUUCCAGAUGAAUCAGAUCUUUAGAAUUAAUCACAGAUUUAAUCUGAAAGCUACAUUUUGAACAAAGGAGACAUGUUACAUUAAAUAUGACUCAAAAUCUAGAAUAAGGGUUUAACAUUAAUGCAUUGUGAUUGCAUUGAGCCCUUUUCUAAAAUAUUCUCAGUUUAUUGUAGUUUGUUGACAUUACUCGUAUUAAACUAAAAGAUAAUCAGUUAGAAUGGACAAAUAAAUACAACUUGUAUUUUAAAGAGGAACCAGCUCAGGCUGACGUGUCUCCACUAGAGGGCGUCCUAUUCCUUAGAAUUCACAUGUUUGACUUCUUGACAUAAUAACUGCUGUCAGACAUACUUUGUUUUGAGUUGAGUUAUAAUGAUAAUAUAUAAUGUAAUAUAAAUGAGCAAACCAAAAACAAGUAACGGACAUCCCAAAGUUUCCGUAGCUAUGAAUGUAACUACAGACAUAAAAUCAUAUAAUCAUCAUCAUACUGCCAAAUUAAUGUGUCCCAUGUAUUAAAUGUUUGUUGUUCACCGCAGAAGGUCCACUAAGUUUAUACACAACUAAUGUUGAAUUCUAGGAAGUUCUAAUGUCCCUGAAUGAAUCCGACCACUCGUAACUCUAUUUUCUAUCACAUGUGCAAUUAUCAAGUUUAUUUGGUGUACGAGCCUUAAAUAGUUUAUUUUAUUUAUUAGUCAAGUCUGUCUUCAUCUGACCAACAGUGCCUAAAUGUGACUAUUUUUGUAUUAUUAUUUUAAUGUUUCAUGUAAUCUAUGAUUGUGUUUUUUUAUGGUCUUCACACUACAGAUUCUCUUUUUGGGGUUUGUUUUAGCAGACUGGUCUCAGGGGAACCGGGUUCAGGUCUCUGGUUCAGGUCUCUGGUUCAGGUCUCUGCUUCGGGCCCGUUAACUGAACAAUAUCUGAUGCUCGUUAAAGGCUUUCAAGUCCAUCAGUUUCUAUUCUGUUCUUCACAUUUCACAAGUUUGGUUCAACAUAUAACUGUUCAAACCUGCUUCAUGGUUCUGUGGCAUCGGGCCAUAUCUCGUAUACGCUGACGAUAUAUAGGAAUAUUAUAUGAAAUGCCACAUAUGUGAAUGUGUUGCCUCGUUGGCUCCUGGUUGUAUAUGUACCACUAUAAAUAAAGGUGAGUGGAUUAAACUGA